ACUAAGUGUUGUAUGUCAUUCAUCAGUUUCCAUUUCAUUCAAUAGGAUAUUAAUUUUUUAAAUCCACAAAUCAACCGAAAAUGUUCAGAUUCGCAGCUCUAUUCGCUUUGAUCGCUUACACAUCAGGAUCACCAAUUGUUGCUACUCCUUAUGGAUUAGCUGCACCAGUUGGCCUCGCACCAUCUGUUGUCAAGACUGUUGAAUUUGAUGCCCAUCCACAAUACUCAUAUACAUACUCAGUCAAUGAUGCAUCAACUGGAGACAGCAAAUCACAAUCAGAAACACGUAAUGGUGAUGCAGUUACUGGACAAUACUCAUUAAUUGAAGCUGAUGGAACCAGAAGAGUAGUUGAUUAUACAGCUGAUGAUAUUCAUGGAUUCAACGCUGUUGUUCGCAAAGAAGGUGCUGUAGCUCCAGUUGCCAAAGUCAUCGCCCCAGCUUAUCAUGCCCCAAUCGCAGCUUACCACGCACCAAUUGCUAGCCCAUAUGCUGCUUACCACGCACCAAUCGGAGCUGCAUACCACGCACCAAUUGCCAGUCCAUAUGCUGCCUAUCACCAUCCUAUUGCCGCUCCAGUCAUUGCCAAGCCAUACUAUGGUUAA